CUUAUAACACCGGCCGCCACACAUGAUUGCAGCAUUGCGCGCACACCACCGUCCCUACCUCCAUCGAGCUCCUCCUCCUCCCGAACUCUUCUCGCAACCCUACGUACCCUAGCUACUCGCCGCCUGUUCGAGCUCGCCGGUUGCUGCUAGCUGCAAUGGCGCCAAGGACUCGCCCGCUGAUGCUCGCCGCCUCCAUCCUCCUCUUCCUCAGCUCGCUCUUCUCGGCGGCAUUCUCCACGACGUUCACGCUCACCAACUCCUGCGCCUACACGGUGUGGCCGGGCCUCCUGUCCGGCUCGGGCACGCCAGCGCUACCGACCACGGGCUUCGCGCUGGCGCCGGGGGAGUCGCGCGCCGUGGAGGCCCCCGCGGCGUGGUCGGGCCGCAUGUGGGGGCGCACCCUCUGCGCCACGGGCGCCGACGGGCGCUUCGCCUGCGCCACCUGCGACUGCGGAUCGGGCGCCGUGGAGUGCGCCGGCGGGGGCGCGGCGCCGCCCUGCUCGCUCGCGGAGUUCACCCUCGCCGGCUCCGGCGGCAACGACUUCUACGACGUGAGCCUCGUGGACGGCUCCAACAUCCCCAUGGCCGUGCUCCCGCAGGGCGGCAGCGGCGCGGGGUGCGCCGCCACGGGGUGCCUGGCGGACCUGAACGGGCCGUGCCCGGCGGACCUGCGGGUGGCCGGGCCCGACGGCGCCGGCAUCGCCUGCAAGAGCGCGUGCGAGGCGUUCGGGCGGCCCGAGGACUGCUGCAGCGGCGCGUUCGCCGGCGGCCCCGAGGCAUGCCGCCCGUCGGCCUACUCCAUGUUCUUCAAGAACGCGUGCCCGCGCGCCUACAGCUACGCCUACGACGACGCCACCUCCACCUUCACCUGCGCCUCCGGCACCGCCGCGUACCUCGUCGUCUUCUGCCCCACCGCCAUGUCCAGUUCUGACGGUGAAUCCAGCCUCAAGUCGUCCGUGGUGAGCACGAACCCGUCGCCGGCUCUACCCCACGUCAACGACACCGUCUCCUACCUCGGGCGCAGCCGCGACGCCGGCAGCGGGUGGCAGCACACACCGAGCUCGAGCGACGCGUCGUCUUCAGCGCCGAGCCCCUUCGCCAUCGCGGUGGUCGCCGUGUUCACGUGGCUCUGCGGCAGCAGCGCCGGGCGCCAGUGGCCGCUUCUGUCUUCGUCCUAGCUAGCUAGUGCCAUGACACGGCACGUCGGCACCGCCCGGCGAGGUGCAUGCAAUGCAAUGCAACGCAACAGCCAUGUGCGGAUCGAGCCGGCAGUUUGACCUCGGGCCGUAGCAUCACAUGUAUAGAUUAUUGUAGCGAGUCUGAUUUAGCAAGCAAGCAAGCAAGCGGUGGAGUGGAGAAAAGUUUUGAAUCGAGCCUCCGGAUCGCAGCAACCAGCUCGCCAUUUGUACUGUACUCUCAUUUUUUAAUCGGAUUGGAGGAGUGAGGGGAACAGAGGCCAGGUGGGGGUGUGAUCGAUGGGGCAUGGGGCGACGUGUGAAUAUAUGCAGGUGGGCCGGUGCCUCCUGCUCUCACAUCACAUGGUCGACCAUGAGCUCUGCAGACGAUCCCAACUUGGAUGUGGGCGACGCUCCCCGUCUCGGGACAGACGUGAUCGGAGUCACGAGGGAUCAGUGCAAAGGUGGCCGAUCUUGUUGGUUACUGCUUGUCUUGUCAAGUCAGGUGGUGCCAAACUGGCAAUUAGCGCGCGCAGCUGCACUCUGGGAGUUUCAGUAGCUCAUGGGUCUACCUGCAAAAAGAAAAGAAAAAAAGACAUAUGGGUUCUCUGGCUCUAGAUUCUGCUGAAUCUUGGCUCAAAGUUGCAAGUUGCUCAACCUUUUUUCCUUCACGCAUCUUCUUCUUCUUUUGAUCUCUAUUGUAAUCCAAGAUCCUAUAUGUUUGGUUAGAUUCUUGCGGACCUCUU